UGGGGUGCGGGGCUCAUGGCCAUUCUUUCCCCCCUUCCACAGACCCUGUACACGUACCCUGAAAACUGGCGGGCCUUCAAGGCCCUCAUCGCUGCACAGUACAGCGGGGCCCAGAUCCGCGUGCUGUCCGCACCUCCCCACUUCCACUUUGGUCAGACCAACCGCACCCCUGAAUUCCUCCGAAAAUUUCCCGCUGGCAAGGUUCCGGCAUUUGAGGGUGAUGAUGGGUUCUGUGUGUUUGAAAGCAAUGCUAUUGCACACUAUGUAAGCAAUGAUGACCUUCGAGGUCCUACUCCCGAGGCAGCUGCCCAGGUGAUCCAGUGGGUGAGCUUUGCUGACAGUGACAUUGUUCCUCCAGCAAGUACCUGGGUGUUCCCCACUCUUGGCAUCAUGCAUCACAACAAGCAGGCCACCGAGAAUGCCAAAGAGGAGGUCAGGCGAGUUCUGGGGCUCCUAGACGCUCACCUAAAGACUCGGACUUUCCUGGUGGGUGACCGGGUGACCCUGGCGGACAUCACAGUCGUGUGUACCCUUUUGUGGCUCUAUAAGCAGGUCCUAGAGCCAUCUUUCCGGCAGGCCUUCCCCAACACCAACCGCUGGUUCCUCACCUGCAUUCACCAGCCCCAGUUCCGGGCAGUUUUGGGGGAGGUGAAGCUCUGUGAGAAGAUGGCCCAAUUCGAUGCUAAGAAGUUUGCUGAGAGUCAGCCUAAGAAGGAGCUUCCAAGAAAGGAGAAGGGACAGAGAGAAGAGAAGCCAAAGGCCCAGGCUGAGCGGAAAGAGGAGAAGAAGGCGGCUGCAGCCCCUGGCCCCGAGGACGAGUUGGAUGAGUGUGAGCAGGCUCUGGCUGCGGAGCCCAAGGCCAAGGACCCCUUUGCUCACCUGCCCAAGAGUACCUUCGUGUUGGAUGAGUUUAAGCGCAAAUACUCCAACGAGGACACCCUCUCGGUGGCGCUGCCCUACUUCUGGGAGCACUUCGACCGGGACGGCUGGUCCCUGUGGUACGCCGAGUACCGCUUCCCCCAAGAGCUCAGCCAGACCUUCAUGAGUUGCAACCUCAUCACUGGAAUGUUCCAGCGCUUGGACAAGCUGAGGAAGAAUGCCUUUGCAAGUGUCAUCCUCUUUGGCACCAACAACAGCAGCGCCAUUUCUGGAAUCUGGAUUUUCCGCGGCCAAGAGCUCGCCUUCCCGCUGAGUCCAGACUGGCAGGUGGAUUAUGAGUCCUACACAUGGCGCAAGCUGGAUCCUGGCAGCGACGAGGCCCAGACCAUGGUCCGAGAAUACUUCUCCUGGGAGGGGGCCUUCCAGCACGUGGGCAAACCCUUCAAUCAGGGCAAAAUCUUCAAGUGACCCCCCUGCUACCACCUAGCUGCCUGCUGCCUCCUCUGCACGGAGGUGCCAGUCAUUAAAGGAAACUGAUGAACAUGGAAAAAGCCA